AAGUUUUAAAAAUGUGUUUUAUAAACUGGCACUAUAUUUCAAAAAACAUACAUUUAAAAGGAACAUAAGAAUUUGUUUACAGUGCGUAUCAAUGUGUGUCUGUAUAAAUGUGUGUAUGUGUGCAGAUCUGAUAUUUACUGUCUGUUUACUCACCUAAUCAUUAAACUGUAGGCUGAGCUUUUAAAGGACGCUCCACUGCAGUUUACAGUCACUUUAACUGAACCGUCCAGAGAAACUGCAACACUGUGGACAGUCCAGCAAUCAUGGGGUACAUCUGGUUCUUCUCUGCUGAAACGUGGGCGCUCCUGCUGCUGUUUAUAAGCCUUUUACUUCUGUAUGGAUACUGGCCCAACAGUUUCUUCAGAAAGUUAGGAAUUCCUGGACCCAAACCUCUCCCAUUGCUGGGAAACAUGUUAGAGUACAGAAAGGGUGUCCAUGGGCUUGAUAUGGACUGCUUUAUGAAGUAUGGGAGGAUUUGGGGGAUAUAUGACGGGAGAAUGCCUAUACUUUGUGUGAUGGACAGAACCAUCAUUAAAUCAGUGUUCGUUAAAGAAUGUUACUCACUCUUCACCAACAGACGGGAUUUCGGUCUGAACGGUUUGCUGUAUGACUCCCUGUUUGUGGCCAUAGAUGAGGACUGGAAAAGAAUCCGGAACAUUCUCUCUCCCUGUUUCACCAGCGGAAGACUGAAGGAGAUGUUUGGGAUCAUGAAGACACAUUCAGAUACUUUAGUUAAGAACCUGGAAAAGACAGCGAAGGAAAAGAGUGGAGUACAUGUUAAAGAGUUGUUUGGAGCGUACAGUAUGGACGUGAUUACCAGCUCAGCGUUCAGCGUUGACAUCGAUUCUCUAAACAACCCCAAAGAUCCGUUUGUGACGAACGUGAAGAAGUUGCUGAAUUUUGAUUUCUUAAAGCCAACUUUCCUCAUUACAGUGUUGUUCCCCUUCACCAUCCCCCUGCUGGAGAAAAUGAAUGUAGCUUUCUUCCCUACAUCUGCAACUGAUUUUUUCUGUGCUGUCCUGAAGAAAAUCAAGGCUGACCGAGUGGCCAAAGACCACAAGAGCAGAGUGGACUUUAUGCAGCUAAUGGUGGAUUCUCAAACACCAGAGAAAGCAGCAGACCAACAAGGAGAGGAGAUAAAGAAAGGUCUGAGUGAUCAUGAGAUUUUAUCACAGUCCGUCUCCUUCAUCUUUGCCGGUUAUGAGACGAGUAGCAGCACACUGUCCUUCUUCUUCUACAGCAUGGCCACCAACCCAGAAACGAUGAAGAAACUUCAGGAAGAGAUCGACCAGACCUUCCCAGAUAAGGCUCCAGUUCAGUACGAUGCAGUGAUGAGUAUGGAAUAUCUGGAUGCUGCUCUGAAUGAAACGCUGAGGUUGUACCCUGUGGCAGCACGGAUUGACAGAAUCGCCAAGAAAACUGUGGAGAUUAAUGGUGUGACUAUCCCUGAGGGAACCACUGUCAUGAUUCCCAUAUAUCCCCUCCACAGAGACCCUGAAUACUGGCCUGACCCAGAUACCUUCAACCCUGAGAGGUUCACUAAGGAGAAUAAGGAGAGUAUAGACCCCUAUGCCUUCAUGCCUUUCGGUGCAGGACCCAGGAACUGUAUCGGAAUGAGGUUUGCUCUGGUGUCCAUGAAGCUGGCCAUCGUAGAGAUACUGCAGAGAUUUGACAUCAAUGUUUGUGAUGAGACGAAGGUGCCAUUGGAGUUGGGUGUCGGUGCUUUCCUGGCUCCUAAAGACCCCAUCCAACUCAACUUCACCCCUCGAGCUAACUCCAAAUCAGGCUAACUUGUCCCAGCUUUGUCCUAAAGGCUGAUUCUAACUACAGGGAGAUUCACUCGAAAGAGGCCCCAAAUAUUCUGUAAUAACUCUCGCUAGGACAAAGCAAUCUGAAUGAAACAAUGUGCAAUGAGCAUCGGAGCGAUGAUGUAGGCGCCGGACAGCCGUUGCGACAUUUAACCUACGUUUGCAAAUUCCAGGUGCAGACCCCCGUACCCCUUCACUCAGUCACUCGACUUCUCAUCCAGAGAGUGGUGUACAGUGUUGAGCUGCACGUCAAGAUAUGUAGCGUAUUUUUUUGGUUCAGAUUGCUUCAUCCUAAUGGGAGUUACAACAGAAUAAUUGGGGGCUCUUUCAAGUGAAUCUCCCUGUAGUUUUGGAGUAUAUAGUAUGUUAACAAGUAUCAGAUUCAAGUAUAAUCAUACUAAAAACAUACUUACAGUUUGUUGAUUUUUGAGUACGUUGUUGAUGGACAUAGUGUGAAUGUAAAGAUGAGAAGGAGGAGCUACUUAAAGCAGGAAAUAUUGGAAAACUAGGAGGAUGUUAAAUUGAAUGCUAGCUAGUGAACAAGGUCAAGUUGGAACUGUAAAAUUAGUAAACAAAGCAGCGCUGCUCUUCUCAAAUAUGUAGUGUAAAAAGAAAAGCUAAUGAAAACCAAAAAUAAACUAAUGCAUGCAGAA